GGGCUGGGACGCCGCGGCAUUUUUACGACACCGGCAGCAGGUAGAUACCCCGACCCCUUUCCCCCAGGAACUACGGCCGAGGCGCAAUGUUUGGGGCUGGCGAUGAGGAGGACGCGGAUUUCCUUUCCCCCAGCGGCGGGGCUAAAUUAGCUUCUCUCUUUGGACUGGAUCAAGUGGUCUCAGGCCAUGGAAAUGAAUUCUUCCAAUAUACAGCUCCAAAGCAGCCUAAGAAAGGCCAAAUAAUGACUGCAGCUGCAAAUCAGCCAACACAGAAAAUGCCUCCAUCUGCAGCCUCUGUUGGAUCUCCCACAGUACUAGCUGCCACAGCAGUCCAUGCAUACCGAUUCACAAAUGGUCAGUAUGUAAAGCAAGGAAAAUUUGGUGCUGCAGUCCUGGGGAACCACACUGCCAAAGAGUACAGGAUUCUCAUUUACUUAAGUCAACAACAGCCAGUCACUGCUGCCAGGAUUCAUCCAAAUUUUGAACUGACGGUACAGCCCAACAACUAUAGCACCUUUUAUGAUGACCAGAGACAAAAUUGGUCCAUGAUGUUUGAGUCAGAAAAGGCUGCAGUGGACUUCAAUAAACAGAUAUGCAUUGCCAAAUGUAACAGUAUAUCCUCCUUGGAAGCUGUGCUGAUCCAGGAUCUUAGUAUAGGAGAAGGGCCAAGUGUUGAAACUGGUGAUUCUUUGGAGGUGGCCUAUACAGGGUGGCUCUUCCAGAAUCAUGGACUGGGUCAGGUAUUUGACUCAUCUGUUAACAAGGAUAAGUUGCUUCGCUUAAAGCUGGGAUCGGGAAAAGUCAUUAAGGGCUGGGAGGAUGGAAUGCUUGGUAUGAAGAAAGGAGGGAAAAGGCUUCUCAUUAUUCCUCCAGCAUAUGCUUAUGGCUCUGAAGGCAUAAGUGGACAUAUUCCAUCUGACUCAACUCUGGUAUUUGAGGUAGAAGUCAAACGGGUGAAAUUUGCCAAAGAUUCUGGCUCUGAUGGGCACAGCAUUAAUUCCCAUGAUUCUGCAACUCCUUCUCCAACACCUGGUGCUGAUAACUAUAGUGCUGAACCAGUAUUACUGCCACCCACUUCAGUGCCUUUUAAACCUGGAGAGCCAGCUGUUCGAACUAAGUCGAACUCCAUCAGUGAGCAACUUUCAAAUCCUGAUGUGACCAAAGCUAAGCUGAUCUCUAGAAUGGCUAAAAUGGGACAGCCCAUGCUACCCAUCGUUCCUCCGCACUUAGACUCCAAUGAUCCUGAGAUUGAGGACCUGAAUGCUCUACGAGGAGCAGGUCAGCACAUGAUGACUGCAUCCGUUCAUUCCUCUCCUGAACCAUCCCAUGCACCACAGCGGCCUGCAAGGACAUCACCAACAUCUCAACAAUCAAUCUCUGGGGUCCAAGCGCCCUCUGCUGCCUUAAUGCCUGUCGCACCUAUCCAGUCUCACUCAAAUCUGCCUGGAAAUUCUCGGUCCUUUCAGCCUUAUACAGGUAUGCAGCCCUAUGCCUAUCACCAGAAUCCUACCCCAGUCACUUCCCAACUACAGCCUGUGGGACCCAUGUAUCCAGGACCACUUUCUCAGACUCCACAUUUUCAAGGGUCAGCUGAUAUUGUUUCAUUUCUCAUGACCGAAUCCCGGCAGCACAAUACUGAAAUCCGAAUGGCAGUGAGCAAGGUGGCUGAUAAAAUGGACCAUCUUGCUGCCAAGGUAGAAGAAUUACAAAAGCACAAUGCUAGCAACUCUUUGCUCCUUCCUAGCUUAUCAGUUAGCAUGGAAACAAGCAUGAUUAUGAGCAAUAUUCAAAGGAUCCUUCAGGAAAAUGAAAAAUUGAAGCAGGAGGUCCUUGAGAAGAAUAAUAGGAUAGAAGAACAAAAUGACAAGAUCACUGACCUGAUUGAACGCAAUCAGAGGUAUGUUGAACAGAGUAACCUGAUGAUGGAGAAGAGGAAUAGUACCCUGCAAAUUGCCACUGAAAACACACAGGCAAGAGUAUUGCAUGCUGAGCAGGAAAAGGUUUCAUCUCCUUGGCCUUUGGCCCAGGCUAAAGUCACAGAAGAGUUGGCAUCAGUGAUUGCUCAGGUCUCUAAUCUACAGCUGAAGGUGACGGCUCAGCAGAAAAAAGAAACAGACCUGCAGAUGCAGCUGACAGAACACCUGAAGGAAGCAGAUCUCCGGGAGGCUCAGAUCAGCAAAUUGCAGGCACACAUCACAGAACUCCAAGAAACAUCAGAGCAAGUUCAGUCCAAAUUAAAAGCUGAAAAACACAGCCGCAAACAAUUAGAACUGAAGUUGACAGCCUUAGAGGAGGAGCAGACUGACCUUCAGGCUGAGAAAGAAUCUCUGGAAAAGACCCUGUCAGAGAGGAAAAAGAAGUCUGCUCAAGAGCGAAGCCAGGCUGAGGAAGAGAUUGGUGAAAUUCAGAAAUUACACCAGGAGGAACUAGAAAAACUUCGACAACUCCUGAAACAGGCUCAAGUGUCUACAAAUCAGGCAGCUGCUGAACAGGUGUCUCUGAUGCAAGCUGAGCUGAAAUCUGAGUGGGAAGCCAAGUGUGAACACCUGUUGGCUUCUGCCAAGCAAGAACAUUUGCAACAGUACCAAGAAGUGUGUGAGCAGAAAAAUGCUGCUCAACAGAAAAUCACCCAUCUGGAAGAAAAGCUCUCUGCACUGGAGCAGUCUCAGGGUAUAGGGAAGAAACUUUCUGAAUAUCAAGAGCUCGCAGAACAGAUGCAAAAGAAGAGUGAUGCCCUCCAGUCCAAAAUUGAUACCCUAACCAUCGACUAUGAGCAGCGUAUUCAGGAGCUAGAGAAACAGAAAACACAAGAAAAAGUACAUCUAUCCGGAGCCCCAGACACUUCAGAGAAGGUAAAGAAGAUCAUGAACAAAGUGUUCCAGUCCUUAAGGGAAGAAUUUGAAUUGGAAGAAGCCUAUGAUGGCAGGACCAUUCUGAGCAUCGUCAUGCAUACGAUCAAGAUGGAGACACUUCUUCUGCUGACUCCCCAGGAACCAGAACAGGAAAGCAGCAGCGAGGAGGAGGAAGAGCAGCCACAGGAACCAGCUCAGGAGUCCUCGGCCAUGGCUAAGCCAUUAGAGCAGGAAGACAAGUCAGAGAAGCUUCUGUCUAUGCCCUUGACGACCCAGAAUGGAGUACAGAAGAGAAAAGAAGGGUACCACGGUGAUGUGAUUUCAGAGGAAGAGAAAAGCCUAGAAAUGCUGGAUGAAUCUCUCCCACCAGGGUCAGCUGGAAUUCCAUCCCAGGGGAUUCCAGGGCCCCCAAAGUCAAUUCCACCCAUGCCACCAGUUCCUGCAGAUGCUGUAGUCUGGGAGCCUGAGUAUGAAGAAGCAUGUGCUGAUGAUAAGAUGAAAAGGCACAAAAGUAACAAUGUGUCAGAAGAAUUUUGUGUUGGCUUGACACACCCAGUCACCCAGAGACAGGAGAAUGAAAAAACUUUACAUCCAGAAACCUCUCAGACUGCACACCACAAGGAAGAAGAACCAUCAUCAGGGGAGCUUGGACAAUCAAAGGGAGGGUUUAAACUUCCUCUGAAAGAUGAGGAGGAGUGCCCCAAUUUCACGACCAAUACCACCAAGGAGCAGUUAAACACAGAUGUAAAUGUUAUAGAACCAGUAGCAACUCUCCAACUUAGCCUUGAGCCCCGAGACUCCAGCUUCACAGAUGGUGACAAAGAUGAUUUGUUUAAAGGGGCAACAUUGAAAGUGUCAAAGCCAGUUCCAUUGCCUGAUGAUGAGGAUGAAGAUGAAGUGGUAAGGAAAUUUUGGGCUUACCCAUGUCCCAACACCACCAGACAAGAGACCCUCAUGACCUACUCUAAGGAACAACACACAGGUCAAAGGACUCUGGAUUCUUGGUGGCCUACUCAUUGGGCUCUGUGUGCUGGACCCUGGAGGACAAAACUGGGGCUUCAGAGGAGGCAGUCCUAUAAAUAUGGCCAUGGGUGCUGGGAUACCUAUUCUUUAUUGAGGAUAGGGAAUAAGCUGUGUCCUUUCACAAGAGCUCACUUAAGUGAGCAAGGAUAGACAGUUUAGCCCUGAUUGUAAUAUCGAAGCUCAGAAUAAAGAAUGAACUUCCUCUGACUGUGAAUAGGAUUAAACAGCAUAGAAUCAUAGGCUGCCAGUGCUGUUAGAGACCUUAUAUUGCCUAUCUCGGCCCCCUUUUUUACUAGUCCUAGAGAGAUGCUUUGAGUUGUCCAAGAUCAUACUUCUGACCUGGGACUAGACCCCAGCCCUUUGCCUCCCCUCCUGCUCCCUUUAUAUACCUGGCACGUAUAUAGGGCCAUGAUUUACCCAAAGUCUUCUUUACCUCCUGUCUCAUAUCAUAUCAACAUAUGCUAUGUUCCCCAUAACAUUCCUUCAUGAAUAUAGGGCAGAGAGUAGCUCCCUUCUCAGAAGAAACUGAAUCUUAAAGAAAUUAGGUGACUUACUUAAGGACAUAGUGCAAAUUAGUGGCAGAGGUAGGGCUCAAAACCAAGCUUUCUGAUGCUCAGCCAUGUGCUUUUUGCUGAGGCCAUCAGCCAGUUGCAUGUUAACUCUAAUAGUAAGACUGCAUUGAUGUUAAGCAUAUGCAGAAAUCACAUGUUUUUCAGACUCAGCCUGACUAAAACAUACAUGUAUCCAAGAACGCCUUUGAUACUAGUUUAGACUUUUUCCUCUACUUUGUGGAUAAAGAAGCUGAAGCCUACUUUAGUACAAGCACCCAAGGUCACACAGCAGGGUAGAAGUAGAGUCCCUUUAGGGGGACAAUGACGAUGAUAAUGACCUUGAUUGGUUAGAAUAAAGACAGAGGUCCCUGAGCCAGCACUGUUUGCCCUGCUUCUGAUUCCUGUUCCAGGCCUCUUCCCUGCAGCUUACUGCCUUCGCUGUGGUCUGGCCAUCUGAAAUUAGAUUUGGGGGCUCACCUGGGCCAGCAAUAUUUUGUAAGGGCAGAACCUGCUUCUAAGUGGGAUAUACUGUAAAAGGCAGCCUGCUGUAUUAACCCCAAGAAGACUGUCCACCAGACAUCCGGAGUAAGAAAUUCAGAAUAGGCCCCAUGAAGAGGAAAUAUGAAUUUUCCCCAUGUCCCUUGUUCUUGCCUCUCCCUCCUUAGCUACUCAUAGGAACAGAUGGCUAGGAGAGUGCAUGGAACUGGCUGAUAUGGGACUUUGGACUAGGAGGGAGGGUACCUCUUCUACAGGCUCUUAUUCCUGCCCAUUUAGUAUCCAGGAUCAGAAGCAGAAUUAGAAGGGUGAGAAGCAGGGGUCUGAAAGCUUUUCCUUGUCCAAAGUUGGGUUUGGUAGAACCUUUCCCUAGAGGUCUGUACCUAUCAGGGUGCUUUAUUUCAGGUCACUGACUCGGGGAUGGGUCCCUGGUGUCUACCUUACUUUUUCAGAAAACUGAGGAUAGAGCGAUCCAACAAGUAGUAUGCCUAUGGCUAAUGGUGAAAAUGCCUUCUCCUAAAUAGUCCAUUGCUUUCUGCAUCUCCUUCCCCAGGGCUCUCAAUUCCCACCCCUCUAGACUACUCUCUCCUAUUUUUUUAUUGUUUCUUUUCAUUUUGUUCUGUCCAGACUCAUUUCUCUCAUGUCCUCUUCCUCCUCUUGCCCUUUGACCCUCUACUUCUUAUCUAAAAUGCUGAAAUGACUGCAUGAGAGGGAAAACUGUAAGUAAAUAAAUAAAUAAAACCAAGUUAAAAGUA